GUCAAUUUUCAAUUUAAUAACAGAAAAAAUUGAAUGUUUCAAAAUAGUAAAUUGUUUUUCAAACCUUCAGCUUUAAACAAUCAAAAAUCCUCUUGCUCAUUGACUUCGCAAGAAUUACCUUUUGUAUUGUCAAACAAAAAUAUUACUUCAAAUUUAGCCUUAUCAGAUAAUUUUGCUAAUUUAACAAAAACAAAAUUAAGUCCAGUUAAAAAUGAUAAAAAAGAUCAUAGCAGCAUAGAAGAAGCAGAAUAUAAAGACCAACCAAAAGAUAAAAAGGCAGAUGAUGAAAAAACCACUGCUAACCUUUUUAUAUUUGGCCAAAAUUUACAAGAUAGAGCUGAAAACAUAGAUCCUAAAUUACAAGAUGAAUAUAAAACUAAAGAACUGAAUUAUGGAAAAUCUAUAAAUAAAGAAAAUAUAAAGAAAAAAGAUAAUAACAAUGAUGACAAUAAAGUUGAAAAUUUAACUUUUGGUCAAAUAAAUAAAGUAUAUAAUUAUAUAGAGAGUAAAGAAAAUCAUGCAUUAUCAACUUCCAAUUCUUGUCCAUCUGAUUUAAAAGAAAAUACCUUUGAACAUGGUAUAAAGUAUAAAGAAAUUAAUGAAUCAGCAAGACAACAUUUUGAACAUUUGAAGGAACUUAACAAGGUACAAAACUUACAUGAUGGAAAUGAACCAACAGGAGAAGAAAAUGAAAUUACAGUUUUUCAAGCAUAUGGAAAACUUUACGAAUUUCAUUCAGAGCAAAGUACAUGGACCGAAAAGGGCAGUGGGUACUUGAAACUAAACGAUUCUAAAGAUAAUUCUGACGGUCUCAAAUCCAGACUAAUAAUGAGGAACCAUGGAAAUUUGCGGCUCAUCCUAAAUUCGAAAAUAUUUUCUAAAACCACAGCCGAAAACCCAAACAGAAAAACAUUAAGGUUUUUGGCAAUCAGUGAUGUAUUCAAUAAUCCAAAUAAUCCUACUAAUCCCACCAACGAGUCCGAUAUAAAUAUUUUGACAGAGGAGAAGAAAGGAUUAAAGGCCUAUUUAUUCAAAGCUAACAAUACAAAUGACAUAGAAAUACUUACGUCUGCCCUCAAUUCUCGCAUCAACGAAAUGGCCCGUACUGAAUCGCAAAAUGACCACAAAAUACCCCAAAAUAAGAGGCCACUUGAAAAUGAUCAUAUUGGCACCGCCUUAAAAAAUUAUGAAAAUCUUACAACUUACGAAGACAACGAUGAACAAGAUUUAAUCGUUUUUGAUAAUAGUCCUGAUGAUAAAGGAGUCAAAAGAAGAAGGGACGAAGCAGACGGCAAUGAAAAUGAUAAAACGAAUGAAUGAUCUAAAAUAUUU